GGGCGACGACUGUACGACGGAGGCGCGUGGUAGGGAUACGGAGUAUCUGUCAUGGCCGACAUUCACUGGGAGAGUAGUUUUGGUCAGACCGCAUCAGCGAGCGGUACGCGGUGUCUUUAGUGGUGAAAAAAACAUGGGGCGCGAUAAUGGGCAGACGGUCAAGCGAAGAAGGCGUUAGCGAACUCUCGGUCCUGGUAGAGGACGAUUUAUGCGAGAGGUCCGCGACGAUGGAGUCACGAGCACGGAGGACUCGAUUACGUAGCGUUGUAGGGAUAUGUUUGUUUCUCGCGCUCACGGGCAUCAUUUAUCUCGGCUACUUCUGUCCCGAUCACGUAUGCGCUCUGACGAGCCGCGAGAUCAAGGAGUCCGUGAGAUUGUCCGAGGGUCUAUCUGCUGGUCCCGUGUCCGGUUUGUCUUCCGUCUCCGUCGAAUUCGACAAAAAUGGCCUGCUCUCGGUACAUCCUGCUUUUAGAUUGCAUAGUAUUCAAGGGAGCCUUGGUUACGACGACGUGUUUACCAACGAUACCUUCCAGUUUGACAUCAAUGGUCACGAUGUCAUCGUUUUCUUGCACAUUCAGAAGACUGGAGGUACAUUAUUUGGAAAACAUUUAGUAAGAGAUUUAGAUCUGCAAAGACCGUGUUCUUGUCAAAGAAGACGUAAGCGUUGUUUUUGUUUCCGUCCAAAUCGCAAUGAAAAUUGGCUUUUUUCACGAUAUUCCACUGGCUGGAAGUGUGGUUUACAUGCUGACUGGACAGAAUUAACUAGCUGUGUUGAUACUGAGUUGAAUAAAAUUGAAGGGGAUGGCAUAAAGCGUAGAUACUUUUACAUAACUAUAAUAAGGGAUCCUGUUGCAAGGUAUUUGUCUGAAUUUAGACAUGUACAAAGAGGUGCAACAUGGAGAGGAGCUCGUCAUUGGUGUGGUGGCAUCCAAGCAAAUAUACCACAGUGUUAUCCUGGAUCGAGUUGGCAAGGAGUAUCUUUAGAACAGUUUAUGGAGUGUCCAUAUAAUUUGGCAAGCAACCGUCAAACAAGAAUGUUGGCUGAUCUAUCAAUUGUUGGUUGUUACAAUUCUACACUCAGCAGCUUGGAGAGAGAUCGUCUCAUGUUGGCUAGCGCUAAGCACAAUUUGCAAUUCAUGCCUUUCUUCAUGUUGACUGAAUACCAGAAAGUGGGACAAUAUUCCUUCGAAGAAACAUUUGGAAUGAGAUUUGCCGUUGCUUUUGAACAACAUAAUGCGACUUUGAGCGCUGCCACAAUGGCUACCUUAAGCGCGGAACAGUUAGACGCUGUACGUAGAUUAAACAGAUUGGAUUUGGAAUUAUAUGAUUUUGCAAAGAAUCUUGCGUUUCAAAGGUUCAAACGGCUUAGAGAUCGCGACCCGUACUUUGUACAACGAUUUCAACACCUUGGAGAAUUACCUUCUAGACAAAGUGCAACGGAAUUUAAUUGGGAUUCUGUCAUAGAAGAUACUACAGAUGUUGAAUGAUAUGUAAGUAUGUUAUUGAUAAAUAAUAUCGAUGCUUUGCAUUCAUAGCUGGGCAAAAAAAAAUGCUCUGAAUCUGAGUAUCUCAGGGAAUCAUCCUUGAAGGAAAAAAAAAAGAAGAGUUUUACAUAGAAUUAUGACGCAGGCAGUUGCCUGCGUGAAACUUACCAAAAGUGUUUAUAGUAAAUAAUAUGGAUAA